AUGGAGAUGGAAAACAUUUACACUGGGCUGCAGAAACCAGACAAGGAUAUCUACUCAGUCCUCACAGCCAUGGAGAAACAGCUUGGAAAACCCACAGUAAACACGACUGUGAAGAAAGCCAGUUCCUUCAAGUGGGCUGCUGUGGUUUUUGCUGUGCUGUGGAUCCUCUCAGUCUCUGUCACCCUGGGUGUGAUCUUUCACAGGAAUGCAGAGUAUGCCAGCCUCUUUCAAAAGUAUUCCGACCUGCAAAAUCAACUGAAGAACUAUACGAACAUGACAGUUCACAGGAAUGCAGAAUAUGCCAGCCUCUUUCAAAGGUAUUCUGACCUGCAGAAUCACCUGAAGAAGGAUACGAACAUGACAGUGUGGAGGUGGAUCCUCGAUGCUGCAGCUGAUGUGACUCUGGACCCUGAUACAGCGCAUCCCAGUCUCAUCCUGUCUGAGGACAGGAAACAAGUGAGACUUGGAGGCACACGACAGCCUCUUCCUGACAAUCCAAAGAGAUUUGAUCGUUAUAUCACUGUCCUGGGCAGGCAGGGCUUCACCUCAGGGAGACACUACUGGCAGGUGGAGGUGGGGGAGAAGACUGCAUGGUAUUUAGGAGUGGCAAGAGAGUCCAUCAACAGGAAGGGAGAUAUGACAGCAAGCCCUAAGAAUGGACUCUGGACUGUGAGGCUGAGGGAUGGAGAGUAUGAGGCUCUUGGUAGUCCCUCUAUCACGCUCCCCCUCACCGUGAAGCCCUGGAAGGUGGGGGUGUAUCUGGAUUAUGAGGAAGGGCAGGUCUCCUUUUACAAUGUGGAGACCAGAUCUCACAUCUACACUUUCACUGACACCUUCACUGAGAAGCUCUAUCCAUACUUCAGCCCUUAUCUUAAUACAGAUGGUAAAAACGCAGCCCCACUGAUCAUCCUCCCUGUCAGUGAUAGAGAUUGAAUAAAGUGGUGUAUCUGUAUGACAGCCUACACCAGCACUGAUUAUCCUGCUCAUUGCAUUAUUACUUGCCCAUCUAUUUCUUUGUCUACCUGUAAUUGUUUUACUGAUUGGCUUGACAAAACUAUGGGAACGCCCGUCACAUUUAACACACCCCUGUGACUGGAGCACAUGGGCUGUCCCUCACAUGCCUGAUUCAUUUAACACACCCCUGUGACUGGUGCACAUGGGCUGUCCCUCACAUGUCUGAUUCAUUUAACACACCCCUGUGACUUGUCACUGUGCUCAGCCUCAUUACUGUGCUCAGCGUCAUUACUGUGCUCAGCCUCAUCACUGUGUUCAGCCUCAUUACUGUGCUCAGCCUCAUUACUGUGCUCAGCCUCAUCACUGUGCUCAGCCUCAUUAUUGUGCUAAGCCUCAUCGCUGUGCUCAGCCUCAUUACUGUGCUAAGCCUCAUCGCUGUGCUCAGCCUCAUUACUGUGCUAAGCCUCAUCACUGUGCUCAGCCUCAUUACUGUGCUAAGCCUCAUCGCUGUGCUCAGCCUCAUUACUGUGCUAA